GCGUUGACGGCCCAGUGGUGCCACUGUCCCGGGGUCUUCCUGCCGACAUGAAGGACGUACCGGGCUUCUUACAGCAGAGUCAGAGCUCCGGACCGGGGCAACCUGCUGUAUGGCACCGUCUGGAGGAGCUCUACACGAAAAAGUUGUGGCAUCAGCUGACACUUCAGGUGCUUGAUUUUGUACAGGAUCCAUGCUUUGCUCAAGGAGAUGGUCUCAUUAAGCUUUAUGAAAACUUCAUCAGUGAAUUUGAACACAGGGUGAAUCCUUUGUCUCUGGUAGAAAUUAUUCUUCAUGUGGUUAGACAGAUGACUGAUCCUAAUGUGGCUCUUACUUUUCUGGAAAAGACCCGUGAGAAGGUGAAAAGUAGUGAUGAGGCGGUGAUUCUGUGUAAAACAGCAAUUGGAGCUCUAAAAUUAAACAUCGGGGACCUACAGGUUACAAAGGAGACAAUUGAAGAUGUUGAAGAAAUGCUCAACAACCUCCCCGGUGUGACAUCAGUUCACAGCCGUUUCUACGACCUCUCCAGUAAAUACUAUCAAACAGUUGGAAAUCACGCAUCCUACUACAAAGACGCUCUGAGGUUUCUGGGCUGUGUCGACAUCAAGGAUCUCCCAGUGUCUGAGCAGCAGGAGAGAGCCUUCACUCUGGGACUGGCGGGACUUCUUGGUGAAGGAGUUUUUAACUUCGGAGAACUCCUCAUGCACCCUGUGCUGGAGUCCCUGAGAGGUACUGACCGACAGUGGCUGAUUGACACCCUCUAUGCCUUCAACAGCGGCAAUGUGGAGAGAUUCCAGACUCUGAAGACAGCUUGGGGCCAGCAGCCUGAUUUAGCAGCCAACGAAGCCCAGCUGCUGAGGAAAAUUCAGUUGUUGUGCCUCAUGGAGAUGACUUUUACACGACCUGCCAAUCACAGACAACUCACUUUUGAAGAGAUUGCCAAAAGUGCUAAAAUCCCAGUGAACGAGGUGGAGCUGCUGGUGAUGAAGGCACUCUCAGUGGGACUUGUCAGGGGCAGUAUAGACGAGGUGGACAAGCGUGUUCACAUGACCUGGGUGCAGCCCCGAGUAUUGGAUUUGCAACAGAUCAAGGGAAUGAAGGAUCGCCUGGAGUUCUGGUGCACUGACGUGAAGAGCAUGGAGAUGCUGGUGGAGCACCAGGCCCAUGACAUCCUCACUUAGACCCCAGCAUCCCCCUGCCUGCCUGGGGGAGGCAUUUCUGCAGCUGAUGAAACUGGCAGCUGAGGUCUGUGUGGAGUGCAGGCGGGGGUUGGAGUCCUAUGUGAAGUAGAGACUUGCUGUGGCUGUGAAAACAGGGAGAAGCCUCCUCUGUGGGUCUUUUCCGUGGGGAAAGGGUCUCUAGGUCUCAGGUGACAAGGGAAAAAGUGGCCCUUGAGUCAGGAGGAUAGGCACUCCAAGGUCGAGUUUCCAUCCUCAUCCACCUUUGUGAACAUCUUUUCCAGUAUGGCUCAAGAAUGCUCCUAUAAUAAACAGCUUUGUUUUGUUGGGUUUGUGAUUCUA